AUGGAACGAUCUCACCAAUUAAGAACUGGAGUAUGGACAAUACGGCAUAAAACUCUCGAUAGCCAUUGUCCAGGGGACCACUCGGCCAAUCAGGAGAUCAAAUCACAAAGAUUUUGUACUAGAAUUGUAGGGCUUAUCCCAAGAGGGAGCCCUUCCAGAAAUUCUCGAUGGCCUGAGCGAAACCCAGGCCAAGGAGGGGGUUUGGAAAUAGUUUUCAACCAGCAAUUGACGCGCCUCGGUUAAUACCUCACUAGCUGCGUCAUUGCCCCAAGCGCAAAGAUGAGAAACAUAUGCCAACCC